GGCGAGGAAGGCAGGUCCAAGCCCUACACUUAUCUCUCCAGUCUCGACACCUUUCUUUUUCCAUUCAUUAUCAUAUCCAAUUUACUACCACAACUCUGCCGCUGAAAUGGUCACAAAUAUCCGAAACGUGAUUGUCAUCGGAGCCAGCGGGAAUGUGGGUAGAUCAUCUAUCAAGGCCUUGCAGGCGGAGGGUUUUGAGGUGACCGGGCUUACGCGGGAGUCGUCGGACUCAAUCUUGCCCGCAAACGUCCGGCACAUCAAGUCCGAUUUCUCACAGCCCUCCUUGCAAGAGGCUUUCAGAGGCCAAGAUGCGGUUGUUAGUGCAGUCUCCAGCAUCAUCCCCGGCGAUGCAUUGGCCCAGCAAAAAUCGUUCAUCGAUGCUGCUCUCGCGGCUGGCGUCAAGAUUUUCAUCCCGUCUGAGUACGGAGUCGACACUGGGGAGAUUCCCUCGCCAGACUUUAUUCCGUUCUUAGUGGACAAACGUCACGCUGUCGAUUAUCUUAAACAGCAUCAAGAGAGAAUGUCAUGGACGGCGGUGAUCUCGGGCGGGAUGUUCGACUGGGGAUUGAAUAUCCCCGGCUUUGGAGGUUGGGAUCUACCUGCGCGCAAGGUUACUAUCUUUGACGACGGGGACAUUCCUUUUGAGGCGACUAGCCUUGAUCAGGUCGGUAGGGCCAUCGCCAAGUGCUUGAAGAAGCCCGAUCUCACCAUGAACAACUACAUUUACGUCAAUAGCUUCACCAUCACGCAAAACCAAGUUCUGAAAACCGUCGAGAAAAUCACCAAUGAGAAAUUCACUGUCAUGAAAGAUUCCGUCGAUGAUCUGUGGACGUCUGGUGCUUCAAAAUGGAAAGAAGGUCAGCCGUUGGGUGUUUUGGCUAUGAUUGCUGGAACUGUAUACGGGCAGGGAAAUCUCAAUCACUUUUCAGUGACCAAGGGAUUGUGGAAUGAGAGAUUGGAUCUGCAACAGGAGGAUCUUGAAGUCUUUCUGCGAGACUACCUUGCCAAGAAAUAGUGACAAUAGGAGCUCUCCGAGCGAAGAUUUUAUACAUCGACCUUUUUGUCUGAAAACUUCUUUCCACCCAACCUGAAGGGUUUUUCGUACGCAAACAGGUUACAUGGUUCAAGACUAGGCGAUAUAUCCCUCCACCCCACGGUGCCCGGGAUCUAGCAUGAGGUUUCGCAAGUAGGAUAAAUUGAGCCAUGAUCCAUGCCCCGAAUUUGAACCGAGGUAUA